CUCUUCUCCAUCUUAAUAUUAAGUUUAAUGUCAACUUUAUGAGAGUUUGCACGUUCUGAAAUUUGAGUUUUUGACUUCCAGAGGUUCCACAGCACCUGACCCACCCACCACCACCACCCCAGGGUGUUUGUCCUGAGAGCUGGGAGCAGACCGGGAGAGACGGUAGUGAAGCCGGGGCUGACGGAGGAGAAGCGACCACAGAGGCGGGGCGAAAGGAUAGCAGGGGAGUACGGAGAACAAGGGCUCACCGAGCAGGAGGAGAACCAGCACAGCCGGCAGGAGUUGUUCGCAGGAGGAGUGUUGACGUUUAAUCGACGAUGAGUGCGUACACAGUGACUCUGAACGGCCCCGCUCCAUGGGGCUUCAGGCUGCAGGGAGGAAAGGACUUCAACAUGCCACUCACCAUCUCCAGGAUAACUCCGGGCAGCAAGGCGGUGAGCGGCAGCCUGGCCCAGGGUGACAUCAUCACAGCCAUCGAUGGGGUCAGCACCGAGGGGAUGACGCACCUGGAGGCCCAAAACAAGAUCAAGUCUGCCACCAGCAAACUGUCACUCACCAUGAUGAAAUCAAGACGUCCUGCACCAGUUCCCACAGCAACUCCAAGGAUGGACUCACCCAUGCCGGUCAUCCCACACCAGAAGGUUAUCGCCAACACAGCUGCAAACGUGGAGUACACUCCCAGCUUCAACCCCAUAGCUCUGAAAGACUCGGCCCUGUCCACCCACAAGCCCAUUGAGGUGAAGGGUCCAGGGGGAAAGGCCACCAUUGUUCACGCCCAGUACAACACACCAAUCAGCAUGUACUCACAGGACGCCAUCAUGGACGCCAUUGCAGGGCAGUCGCAGGCCAAGGGGCACGACAGUGAGGAGGCGGGUUCCCCCUUGGCUGGAGCUCUGCCUGUCAAGGACCCCGUGGUGGACUGUGCAUCUCCGGUUUACCAGGCAGUGAUCAGGCCAGGAGAGGCAACCCAGGAUAUGUCUGAAUGGGCUCGUCGUGCUGCCAACCUGCAGUCCAAGAGCUUCAGGAUCCUGGCCCACAUCACUGGCACUGAAUACCUGCAAGACCCAGAUGAGGAAGCCCUGCAGAGGUCGAGAGAGAAGUUUGAGUCGGAGGUGAAGGGGCCCCGCUUCGCCAAGCUGAAGAACUGGCACCACGGACUGUCUGCACAGAUCCUCAACAUCCAGGAAUAAAGAAGAGCAGCAGAGACAGUGAGAGAGAGAGAGAGAGACAGAGAGACAGAGAGAGAGAGGACAUGUAAAGGAGGACAUGGACAAAACCACAGGAGUCAACAAGAAGAAGGAAUAAACUAUGGAGGGAAAGAAAAGGAGCAGGAGGGGGAGGAAACUCCUCAGGAAUGUGAGAUAGUGUUGUAGUCUAGAUUAGUAGAAUGUGAGAUAUUAACUGUCAGUGUGAGAAUGCUAUGUGUUCAUAAACUCAAAAUUACCUGACACACGUGUCUGUGCGCCGCUAAGACGUCAUCUCGCAUUUUGGGUUUUCCUUUCUUUCUUCGUUUCCCGUUUGCUUGGGUUCUGCGUCUCUCAAAUGAAAGGAAAAUUGUACAAAAAAAAAAAAAAAAAAUCAAAGAGCAUUCAAGGGAAAAUGCAAAAAGUGAUGAUGUUUCUUUUAGCACAUAAACCACAUUCACAAACGUAUGAAUUUCAACUCUGUGAGCAUGUGAGUUUGUGGGACGGCACACAAGGACAAAUACACCGGAAGAAAUUUACCUUCAUGCACAAACACACUAUGUAAAAAAAAAAAAAAUGCACUCAAAAACUGUACUGAUAUCAAUGUGAAUAAAUGUUUUCUUAAAACCAUA